GGCAGGCGGUGUGCGGCCCCACGGACGGGACGCCCGUGCUCUCGGCAAGGACAGCCCUCGCGGGCCUGGGGCUGGGAGGCGCGGUUGGGACGGGACUCUGGCCAGCGCUGGGCAGCAGGGAGGCAGUUCCAGCCUCUGGCAGCCGGUGGUCCUCGGGCGAGGGAAGUUACAGACGCCAAGCCCAGAGUCUGGGGUGCCCAUAGGAGGGGAGGUCGCCGGCGUUCCCAGCCCCAGUAAACCCAUGUGGUUCAGACAGGAAACUGAGCCCCAUCAGGCUCCUUGAGACCCCUCCGGGGCAUCCGUGUUCCCCACCCCCAUCUCCUGGGGCAGGAGAGCCGGAAGGAGCUGGGGUAACCCGCCCAGCACAGGCUAACGCUGUGUGCAUGCACUUGGGGGCUUCCAGGACUGGGCCAUCUGCACAACGACGGCGCCUGUUGGGUGGGGAGGGUCUCCCAAGGGCACUGCCGGCUGGACAGGGACCUGGACCGGGGGACCUUGGUCCCUGCUCCUCCUCUCCAGCCCUCCAACCGCUCUGAGGAAAGAGGUAACUCAGCCGCAGAGGAGGGAAGCCCCACCCACCUGAAGCCAAGAUGUCCAGUAAACGGGCCAAGGCCAAAACCACCAAGAAGCGGCCACAGCGGGCCACUUCCAAUGUCUUCGCGAUGUUUGACCAGUCCCAGAUCCAGGAGUUUAAGGAGGCCUUCAACAUGAUUGACCAGAACCGAGAUGGCUUCAUUGACAAGGAGGACUUGCAUGACAUGCUGGCCUCACUGGGAAAGAACCCCACCGAUGAGUACCUCGAGGGCAUGAUGAGUGAGGCCCCAGGGCCCAUCAACUUCACCAUGUUUCUCACCAUGUUUGGGGAGAAGCUGAAUGGCACAGACCCUGAAGAUGUGAUCCGAAACGCCUUUGCCUGCUUCGAUGAGGAGGCCUCAGGUUUUAUCCAUGAGGACCACCUUCGGGAGCUGCUCACCACCAUGGGUGACCGCUUCACGGACGAGGAAGUGGACGAGAUGUACCGAGAGGCACCCAUUGAUAAGAAAGGCAACUUCAACUACGUGGAGUUCACCCGCAUUCUCAAGCAUGGUGCCAAGGACAAGGACGACUAGGCCGCCCCGGAUGCCCCUGCCCAGGCCCCUGUCCCACUCCUGUUCCCCACUCACUGUGUAUCAGCUCCAUGCCCGUGAUCCUACAGGACCCUCUCAGGGGAUCCUCCCUCUGAGGGGCUAGGGGCCCAGCUCCUUGUGGGGGAACAGGCUGAGCAAACAUAGUGCCAGGCAAGGGGCACACAGCCAACGUGAAGCAGGUAUUUCACCAUGACCUCCCCCAUCCCAAGAGAGAACUGUCUUCUAGGGAGCUGGGCCUCAGGGCUGCUCUCCACAGGACAGGCCCUCUGUCCUGUUGGACACAACUUCACAUGCACCCCCAUGCAGGGCAUGACAGCUCUUUCCCAGCCACUGCCACUGCCACUAACCUCACCAAGGUCCUUUCUCAGAGGGCAGGAUGCCAGACCCCUCCUCUGUGCCCUGCUCAGCCACCAGAACAUAGCCCACCCCACUGGGAGUGUGAUCCAGAAGAUGCAUGUAGGUUGGACAUUUGACCCAGGGGAGACAGAAUCUUAAAUAGAAGUCUGAGCACUG